AUGAACUCUAACCACCCACCAUCCGCUAGCACAUCACCCAUUCAUAAACAAUCAUUAUGGAAACACUGGCUCACGAUAUCGUUAACUUUGGCCCUAUUUCAACUGGCUCAUACUCAGCCAACUCAGAAGAUCAAUUUACAGUGUAUCACAGGCGGAGUACGCAUGCAACUUUCACAGCCCGCACAGCAAAUACAAGUAUGCGGAAACGAUUAUUGUAUUGAAAUGCAGGAACCCGACCAGAAUAUGAACAUUCAAUUCCCACCCGAAGAAAGGCUUCAUACCUAUCAUACAAUACGACAAGCUUUUCACUGGGUAUGUCCACCCAGCCCAUUUUGCGAACAAAUCACAUGCAAUUUUUGCUCACAGAUGGGUUCGAAUCUUGAGUGUUGGCCACGAAUUGCCAUUGCAGUAACGGCCAUACUAUUCUAUAUAAUCGCAGUUACCCUAUACAUAAGUUUCGCUUUAAUCAAGAAGACGGCACGUACGUUCAACUGCCUCUGCAGAAAUAUCCCCUCCCUCCUGUCCCACGGUAACGUUACAAGACAGAAACGUAGAACACGUCAUGAUUCUAAUGAUUACACUCUUUUAAUCGAACUCGAUAGUGUAAACACCAACUGGAAUACUACCACACUCAUUAAAUUGAUCACAAUUGUAACAUCCAUCAUACCCCUGGUAUUAAGCUGUCAACAAACCAACAUUAUGCAAUGUGACACAUCCAAACACAACUGCCGCAACCAAACUACAUUACUACUACAACUCAAUCAACUGCAACCUGAAAUGUGCAUACAAGUACAACAAGGUGAUCACCGCAUCCAUUUUAUGCGGAUCUCGCUUAACGCGUUAAUCCUCCGUUGUCGUAAAGAAACACUGUACUUAACUCAAAACACCAUCACUCGCAUGCAGUAUCGAAAGCGCUGCCCCCAUAUGGGCACAUGUACUGGUCAGAAAUACGCAAAAAUCAAUUACGACACCCUCGUCGACGAACUCGACGAAGCUAAUAACUACACAGGCAUUACCUACUGCACCGAAUCCUGCGGUGGAUUAAGCUGCUCUUGA